UCACCCAUUACCAUCGGCUAAUUCUGGAUCUGGGAUUUUUUCAAACGAAUAUCGUCAAUACAUUAUCAGACAUGGUCCGUUAUUUGGAAGCCGCUUGCAAAUAGAGCGUUGUAAUUCUAAAUGUGAGCAAUAAAAAAGAAGUGGUUGACGACAUUCAUUUACGCACCUAAUCCUCUCCACUCCUUGCGCUUUCUAAAAGAAUUACAAAAUGCUUGACUUGUCAUGGAAUGCGCACGUGAUUUCAAGGAAGUAAGGGGCUCGCCCAAUCAAACUCUUCCAUCAACGUCAUAUGUGUUACCAUUAGAACUCAAGGCUCGUCCAACCAUAAUCUUCCUCCCAUUAACGUCACAUGUGUUACCAUGUGUUACCGAACGUCAGCGGCCCUUUGAAGUUUUUACCGACACGCUUGUUUUGUGCAGACUGGAAAAUACCCCUCGGCAAGCAAAAUGAAGGCUACAGAGUUUAAAGUUUUGCUGCUCUUCGCCGUUUUCACCCAUGUCCAAGCUACCAAACAAAUAAUCACGAUCGCCGCGCUAGCGCCAAUGACAGGCGAGUGGGAUGUUGGACGAACUACAGCCGCUGCGAUACCCAUCGCAGUUGAGGACAUCAAUAACGACACGAACCUUCUCCCUAAUCAUGAACUUCAGUUCAAGUUCGGCAACACGAACUGCUCCUCGGUCACCGCUCUCCCUCUAGUCAUGAACUUCUGGGCGGCCGAGAAGAAGAAUGUGGAUGCGUUUAUAGGCGGAGGUUGUAACCACGUCUGCGAGUAUAUAAGCCUUCUUGCCGGUGAAUGGAACCUUCCAGUCAUCUCCUGGGGUUGUAUGUCUGGACACUUGUCCAACAGAAAUACCUUCCCGACAUUCGCCAGAACUGUAGGUCCGUACACCAAGAUGGAAAAGCUUCUCUAACAGCUCAUGGAAUGCUUCAACUGGAAACGAGUGGCAAUUAUUGCGUCCACGGACGAUAUUUGGCAGAUCGCCGCUAAUCUUGUUAAGAUCGAGUUGUCCAAGAAAGGCAUCUUUGUUGCGCACUUUCACAGCUUCAUUCCGGGAAAAUUACAUGUCCUAGAAAAUCGCAUCGAACGACAGGCAGACCAGAUAAAGCUAGCAGCGAGCAGAGCAAAGAUUUUCAUUCUGCUCUGUUCCGGUGGUGAUAUCCGUUACAUCAUGCUAAACUUCCUGGAUUUUGGUCUUCUGAACGGCAAGAAUGCAUUUAUCACCGUGCAUCUCCCCAAAAGAUCAUACAUCGGGAAUAACACAUGGAUGGGUAACGACGGCCGAGAUGAUGACGCCAAGAGAGCGUCUGAGGGAGUCCUCAAUAUCGAACAGAAAUUCGGCACCUACCAGAAGAGUGGAGUGAAAGUAAAGUCCUUUCUAAACAGAGUACGCCUGCGAUUGAAGGAGUAUCCCUUUAAAAGCGAUAUUGACGAUAACAGUAAGAUAGAGGCAUAUGCUGGGACUAUGUAUGACGCUGUGUAUCUCUACGCCCUCGCCUUAAAUGACACGUUAAACGAGGGAAUCGGGAAACGGGAUGGACUGAAAAUCGCCCAGAAAAUGUACAACAGGGUUUUUGAAGAAGUUGCGGGAACAGUUUACAUCGACAACAAGGGUGAUCGUGAUCCAGACUACACAAUCCAAACCCUGAUAAACGACCGCUUUGAGGAUAUCGCCUACUACACUCGCUAUAACGACAACCUCACUAUACGGGCAGGGGUCACCAUCGUAUGGCCAGGGGAGGGUCACGACUCCUCCUAA